UGAAAAUAUGGGGAGACAGUUAAAUAAGAAAGUUAAAAAGAGGAAAAAAAACCUCCUAAAAAUGUCUUGAAAAGGAAGCCUAUCAGCUGAAAGUCUGAUAUGGGGAAGAAGGAGUGCAACUUCCUUUUCAGUUGUUAGGUUCUCAUUUUUCUUUUAUGUCUCAAAAUCUUCCAUGCUGCCAGGGCUGGUCUCCUGGGCUAAGAAACUGAAGAUGUCUUUGGGGCAUUUCUGAGCUACCAGGAAUUCUCAGGUUAUUGCCAGUGCUUCCAGUGCUCAGCACAGCCUUCUUUGAUGGGCAGAGGGUGAAAGAACAGAAGGGGAAGGCUCAGUAACCUUUGUGUCACCCUCUGGAAAUAAGGAGCUAAAAGGACCAAUUUUUAGGUGGCAAAGCUAAGGACAGGGUCCCACUGUGAUUCAAUGGCAUCAGAAAUCACCUAUGCUGAGGUGAAAUUCAGAAAUGAAUCACCGGCUCCAGUGGUCAAAGUACCUCCUGAGACAAAGAAGCCUGAGCACCUUCCCCAGAAAUACCCACUCUGGCUGCCAUGGUUGAUCUCACUGCUGCUUCUCUUGGUGUGCUUUGCCCUUGUUGUCGUCCUUGUGGUUCCCUUCUGGCACAGCAGUGACCAGCCCAGAGCCCUGCUGCAGCAGUUCUCGGAGUGGAAGUGCGACUCAGCAGCGCCACAAGGAACAGGCCAAGGCUGGACGUGCUGCCCACAGGGCUGGAGAAGGUUUCAAAGAAGCUGCUAUUUCCUCUCCCUUGAUAGGAUGAACUGGGCCAAGAGUGAGCAGAACUGCACUGGGAUGGGCUCCCAGCUGGUGGUGAUCAACAGCAAGGCAGAGCAGGAAUUCCUCAGCCAGCAGAUAAAAGCGUUUCCAAAAAGAGAGAAUUUCUACAUUGGUCUGCUUGAGGUCAAGGAUGGUCAGUGGGAGUGGGUGGACAGGACUCCAUAUAAUGUGACAGCAGUGUUCUGGAGAAAAGGAGAACCAAGUAAUCACCAUGAUGAAAACUGCACUGUAAUCCAUAAUCCUGAAAAAACUCUCAACAACUGGAAUGAUGUCCCAUCUGAUAGCAAGCAUCAUCGAAUUUGUGAAGCUGCAGCAGUAACUGUGUGAUGGAAAUACCCCUGUCCUGAGCAAAGCUGGGAGCUGAGCAGCGACCUGGGAACAAAACUGGGUGUGCUGUGAGGGAUGGGGAGCCCUGACACGUCUUCACUGUGUGGGAGGGCACCAUGUGGGUGUGGAAGUGAAAUGAGUUUUGUCCAGCAUCCCCAGUGCAUGGGGUAGCUCAGGGAACACAGGAAGGCUCAGGCUCAUUGAAGCAGGUCCUUUCUUCUUUUGUUCUGUUCUCUCUGAGAGGGUCCAGGCGCCUCUGGCUGAAAAGAGAUGGACUUCUCAAGGAGGAAGACACAGGAAUGGAAGACAGAUAUACAGAGAUUCAAUGUCUUUGGUCUGCUUGAGCAGAGGUCUUUGCUUUUUGUUGAGUCACACACAGAAUGUUCUCUAGUUGUCCUGGUUCUGCUGACAAAUUCUGGAAAUUUUCAUAAUA